AUGUCUUCCUCAAACCCUUACAGUUACCCUCCACCACCACCACCACCUCCGCCGCCGCUACCUUACCUCUCCAACCUCGGCUUCGGUUACUCCAUCGCCAUAGCUCUCGGCUUCCUCUUCCUCCUCUCAACUCUCAUCCUCUCUUCCUACCUCUGUUGCCGCACUUUCCGUAACCGUCGCAACAACAACAACAGUAACAACAACAGCGGUCAACGAAACUCAGACGGUAUUGUUCUCCCGCGUGUGAUUUUUGUUGCGGAAGAUGAUGAUAAUGAUCGGGACGACGCCGUUUUGGGAUUGGACCAGAGCGUGAUCAACUCUUACCCGAGGCUGCAGUAUGGGAAAGAGAUGAUGAUGGGACGUGAGAGUACUUGCUCGAUCUGUUUGUGUGAGUAUAAGGAUUCGGAGAUGCUGAGGAUGAUGCCGGAAUGUCGACACUAUUUUCAUCUGUGUUGCCUUGAUUCGUGGUUGAAGCUUAAUGGUUCUUGUCCGGUGUGUCGGAAUUCGCCUAUGCCGACGCCGUUGUCCACGCCGUUGCAGGAGGUUGUUCCGCUUUCUCAUUACAUUGGUGAAAGGAGAACAAGGAGGUGA